AUGGCCGACAAAUCUCAGAAUCCCGUGGACCGAAGUCAUCGUCCAGCGAGCGACAACCUCCCAGUUUCGGAUGGCUCACAACCCGUUGCUACUACCACGUCCUCCUCCACUGUCGACCCUCCAGCCACGCAAUCACCACUGCCUCCCCACUGGGAAGAACUCUCCAACAGCGAAGGCCGAACCUACUAUGCCAACCACGCCACUCGAACCACCAGCUGGCAGAGACCAGGUCCCUCUCCGGACUCAGGUCUACCCAACCCUAUGGGCGAGCUGCCGGCAGGAUGGGAGAUAUUGCGGAAUGCCCAGGGUGUGGCAUACUUUGCGGAUCAUAAUACGCACACCGCGACGUGGGAUGAUCCCAGGGCUUUGUAG